AUGGUCACAUCCCAGGAACAAUCGAGCACUACUUACAUCGCGACUACCUCUUCGCUCUUUCUCCAACUCUAUCCAGUGCCCUCGCAGCCAAGCACAGGCGUAGAUGGUGUCGCCGUUCGUACGAACCAUCCAGAUCUGCACGAGCGUCGAUACCUGCCACCCAAGUGGAGGCGAAAGGCCGAGAAAGCCAACGCACAGGAUCAAGAGGCUAUAGCGGCAGGCUUGCCACAGAUGGUGACCUUCCAGUGGCAAAAUGUUUCCCGAACACUCAAUACCACUGGUACUGCACAAGUGGCAACGCAAGCGGCCAAAGCCCCUCAGCAAGCCGCCCCAAGGAAGAAGUGCAUGCGGUAUCAGCCCAAGCCAGAGGACCCCAACAGGCGCAGGAGCUCAAGAAUCCUGGCCAAGGAGGGGACUGCUCAGAAGACUGAGGGCACAAGCACAACGAGUACGACGCACAAAGGGCACGAUAACCCGCCACAAGAAGAAAGUGGCGAGAAGACGUCGACUGAAGAGGCUGCCGCUGCACAAAGCACCCAGUGA